GGAUAAUAAUUAUUAAUUAAUAAUAAUUUGUACUUUUUGCCGCGCUUUCAUUUGAUUGGUCAGCUACGGAUUUCUCGAGGCCAUAAAAGAGGAUCCAUUACAAUCCCAAACUGCUCUUUGUGGACCAUUAUUCCAGCAACUGAUCAACUCAGUCACUCUUCCUCCAAGACUCAUAAUUCUCCUACACCUUCCUCCGUACAGCUAGCUUUCAGUCCUCCUCCUCGUCAAGUAAUGGCCUGCAGACUGGAGCCCUCACCUAUGUCUUUCCAAAACGUUCACUGCUCCAUGCUUAUCGAUUCAUCAGGAAGCCUUCCAACCCUGACGGUGCAACCGGCUGUACAGUACACCAAUGGGACAGUUACUGUUAAACCUUACAAGAGACCGCAGCAACCUCCACAUCUUGUGUCUGUCCCUACUCCUCCAGGUACUGUGGUAGUCAGCACCACUACACAAGGAGUUGUCCAGCCACAGCAUCCAGCUGUCACGUCUUCUUGCUCGUAUUCCUCUUGUCCUCCUCCAAUUCGUCCAGUACAACUCCCCUCCUCAUCAUACACAGGCUCCUUUGAUCCCUUCCCUCCCUUCCCUUACAGGGCUACCAUGGCUCCUCCUUAUACCCCCAAUACUCCUCUUACUCCGGCCGGAGACGACUUACAAUUCGACGGUCUCUUCGAUCUGCCUCCUCUCAUGGACCUCAAUGAUGAGAAACCUCUCUUUGACGAUAGCACCUUUGUUGAUUGUCUCCGUGGUAUGGACCUCGAUAACAUUCCGUCGGUUGAUGUCAUCUCUCCUACCAUGCCACACAUCCCCUCCAUGUUUCACAGUCAAACAGAUUCAGAGUCAGAAUCUCAAGAGACCGAUGCUCCCCCGAUCAUAGUCAAGAACCCAGAGACAACCAUAUCACCGCUAGCCCUUCAACCAGUUCCAACUCGUAGACGAGGUGGUGGGGGAAAGACCCGUCCCGAUGUCCCUAAAGGACGUAAGCGCUCCCGUGACGACAUCAAAGAGCAAAAGAUAAAGUCUGACGGUGAUAGUGAAGAUGUUGCUAGCUCUCCUUCUCUCUCAGAGCCUGUCUUAUCUCCUAACGGCAGCUCGAGGAUUUUCGUCUGCACAUACCCAGGUUGUGAUAAAUCCUAUUCAAAGAGUUCUCACCUAAAGGCUCACCUCCGUCGUCACACCGGCGAGAGACCGUUUGCUUGCAACUGGCCCGGUUGCGAGUGGAGGUUCUCUCGUUCGGACGAGUUGGCUCGCCAUGAGCGGAAGCACACCGGAGUCAAACCUUUCGGGUGCACAAUCUGCGGGAAGAAGUUCACUCGCUCUGACCAUCUCUCGAAACAUGUCAAGAUACACUUUCGUCCUCGUAAACCAAGAGGAGGCAACAAUAGACGCCGUGCGUCUCAGAUCAGCUCUGUGUCCAGCAUUGAAGACUGCACCUCUCCCGUCUCUGUCUCUCCGACUCAGGCUGAUGUCUUCUUUGAUAAUUAAGAACCUCUCUUCUUCUCUCUCUCUCCUUAAAAGAGACAUUAGCUUUCUCUCAUUUUGGAGUCUGUCUUUUAAAAUUAUGGACUCAUGCAAGUUUUUGACAGGUCUAUUAUUAUCAUUAUGUUAAUUUGUAAUCUAGCACGCAUACACCUUAUAAACAGGGAGCUCUUUGGUGAUUCAAAAAUUAUUAUUAUUAUUAUUAUUAUCGUUAUACUACCGACACAUCAAGAUUAUUAUAUUGUUAUUAUUAUCAAGAAUUCUAUGCAUUAUAUAUAUUAUUAUAUAUGAAUUAUUAAAUUAUAUUAUUAUUAUUAUUAUACAACAAAUUCACUGCUCUAAAGAACAAAGAACACGUUAUUACCAAUAUUAUCUUGAUUUCUCAUACAAAUUAUUAUUAAUAAAAUACUUUCUAUUGAUCACUGAAUUAAUUUGAAAUAACUUUCCUUUCUCUCUCUCUCUCUCUCUCUACAUGUAUUGCGAUGAUGUAUAUAUCAUUUUUCAUGUAAAGAAAUUUAUUAUAACACUUUUCAAAACAACA